AUGUCCCCGCUGCCGCCAACGCGAACACAAGGCGGCGGCACGCCUGGCUUUCGAGAUAACCGAGAAGGCAACGGCGGCGGCGGCGGCGGUGGUCACACCGCAAGCACUUCGCGCGCGCGCGGGCGGGCGCUCUCGGGAGGGCGGGGCGAGGAGGAAGGAGAGAGAGAUGGCCCCGGUCUGUCGGCGAGGGUCUCCGUGGGGUCGGUGGCCGGCGAGUUGAGGGGCGGGGAGCUGGAGCGAGUGCGAGGGAGGGUGGCCGAUCUCGGUGCGGCAAUAGAGACGUCUCAGUCCAAGCUCCUGCGAGAGCUUUCUCAAGUGCAGGAGGAUUUCUUCUCCAGCUUCGGCUACGCGACCCCACUCGGAGCCAGCGCGGCGACGAGCGCGGCGAUCAACGGCGGCACAACCGCACCCGACCUCGGCGGUGGUAUCGGUGUCGGCAGCGUUGACGGCUUCUCGUCCGCCCUCUCGUCCAUCCCUCCGUUCGCGAGCGGCGGCGGCGGCGGCGGCGGCGGCGCUGGCUCGCACGGUUACGUCGGCGGCAACACCUUCGACCGCUCGCGCUCACCCCGCUGGGGCGGGAGGAGGGCGGGAAGCGGCGGCGGGAGCGGAAGGGUAGCCACCUCCGUCUCCCCCCGCGCUCGGCCGCCGCUUCUGCGGCGCGAUCUCGACGAGACAGCGGAAGAGGAAGAGGAAUAUAAGGCCGAGGCCCGCAGCAGCGGCAGUUACCACCGCGGGGGGACCAAGAUUUCCAGGGGCAGAACCGGUGGAAGGGAUAGACGGGACGGCGCAACGGCGGCGGCGGCAGCGGCGACGGUGGACGGGGCUUCCUACGCGUUCCCGAUGGAAGCGUUGUCGUCGUCGCCGCGACAGGGCGGCAGGUCGGCGGGGCGAGGAGGAGAUAGGCCCUUUAGUUCGUCGUCCGCAGGUCCUGCUCCAAGAAUGAGGAGGAGCUGGAAGAGCUUGUCGCCUUCUCCCCGCACCGCCGCCGCCCCCGCGAAAGGUGGCUGGCCGGUGGCGGCCGGAGCACUCGGUAGUGCCAGGCGCUCUUACAUUCAGAAUGCCGGGGUGGACGAGCUGAGGGAUCGCUUGCUAGCAGAACUGGAGGCGAAGGAGGAGUUGGCGAGGGAGCUGGAGGAUUCCCGACGGGAGGCAGAGGAGCACCAAGAAAGGGGAGAGCAACGCGAGGGGGAGGUCGAGGGGUUGCUGGAGAGGGAGGCCGACGAACGACGCGCCAGGGGCGAGGCCGAAGCGGAGCUCGAGCAACUCCGCGUAUCGCACAGAGCGCUGGAGGAACAGCUUUCGGCGCUGGGGGAGAAGGCGAAGGGGCUCGAGGGGAGGUCUACGGAGCUCGAAAGGAGGUCCGCCCAGCUCGAGGAGAAAACGGCCGGGCAGGAACGCGAGAUCUCCCGGCGCGCUGCGGAGCUCGACAAAGUGUCGGCCGAGCUCGAGCAGAGGAGCUCCGAGCUCGGAGAAGCCAGGGCGGAGCUCGGGGACACGGGGGCACGGCUGGGGGAGACGCAGGUGGUGCUAGGGGAGACGAGGGGGGCGCUCGGGGAGAAGGCGGCGGCCCUGGAGCGAGCGCUGUCGCAGCUGGAGGAGAGAGAGGCGCGCCUGGGGGAGGUCGGGGGGAGGGUUCGGGAGGUGGAGGGAGACAGGGACCGCGUUGCCCAGGAGUUGCGCGACUUGCAAGGCGUCUUCGAGAAUUUUCAGGCCACGUCGGCGGAGCGUGCGUACGACUCUUCGGAGCGGACCGCCUCCGCCUUCAUACGGGAGAGGCAAAGGGCGUCGCUGCGCGCGGCGAUCUGGCAGUGGAGAGCAAUCACCCUCAGGUCGGACUUGGGGACGGCGAUGAUGCUGGCCGAUAGGCUCAAGCUCCGGCAAGCGAAGCGUGGUGCGUUCGGCGCCUGGUUGGACCUUUGCCGGCGACGCUCGCACGCUCGAGCGCUGAUGUCAAGGCUGCUCCAUCGGAAAACUGCGGUCGAUCAGCGAAGAACUCUGCGCCACUGGGCCCGUCAAGCCGCUGCUGCUGCCGCCGCCGCCGAGUCGGCGGCUCUAGCUAGGGCAGAGGCCGAAGGGGCCAGACUGAACGCCGCGGCGGUGCUCACGGAGGCGUUCUCCCGCGGGCGGCGGCGGAGCUUGGAGCGGGGGGUUGGCAAGCUUCGGGAUGGGGUUGAGGCGUCUCUGAUGAAGUCCCGAGCACUGCGACGGCUCUCCAUCGCGUGCCGCCAUCGCGACCUCGGCAUGCUCUCGGCGGCCCUGUGGCGUUGGCGGAGUCAGGCGUCGUGGAGAGAGGCCACGGCUACCGCCCUCCGCCACCUGGCACGGCUCAGGCGGCGCCGGGAGUUGUCGGGGGCCAUGCGGCGCUGGGGCGGGGUGGUGGCGGCGGAGCAGGCGCUGGAGGGGCUUGGCGGGAGGGUGGAGAGGGUCGUGAGGAGGGCGAGGGUUGCGCGGGCCGUGCGGGUGUGGCGUGAGGAGUGCACCCGCCAGCAGACCCUGGCAACGCGCAAGGCGGGAGAGCGGUGCAGGCGGGUACUCAGUGGAAGGUUGGCGUCGGCUGCCAGGAGGAACCUUCUCAUGAGGUGUCUCAUGGCGUGGAAGGCCUACGCUGUGUCCCGCCGCAUCCAGCUCCGCUCCGCCCGCUCGUUCCUGCUCGCGCGAAACCGUCGCGCGGUCCGCGGCGCGCUGGUCGCCUGGAGGGACGGGAGAAGAUGGCGCGCGCAGGCCGCCCGGAAGCUGUGGCACCUGGGGAGGGCCUGCAGGACGGCCGCGCUUAGGGAGGGGCUGCGGCGGCUGGGGGUGUCGGCCAGGGAGAAGGAGCGCCAAGAGGCGGCGAUGAUAGUGUCUAGCGCAAAGCUGGAGACGGAGGAGAUGCGGCGAGAGCGGGACGGGAUGGGCUCUAGGCUGAUCGAGGCCACCGAGGAGAUACACCGGGCGGCGCGGCAGCGGGCCAAGGUGGAGAAGGAGCUGGCGCGGCGGCAGCGGCUGGCGUUCGGGCGGGAGUGCUUCGCGGCUUGGAAGGCGGUCGCGCAAGCCGAACAGAGGCUUUUGGUCGAGCAACAAACUUAUCUGCGGUAA